AAAAUCUGACAGCACUCACACGAGCUUCAGAUAGACCUCACUCCUUCUGCCUACUGUGUAUUGCGGCUAGGGUUUGGCGAAACCCCAAUUUCUUCCCCCAUCUCUCUCUCUCUCUCUCUCUGUUUUUUCUAUCCUCUUAUCCUCUCAAAAAUUUUUACAGAUCUGUUAAUUUUAAUGGCGUUAGUGAUGAAUAGAGUGAUGGAGUAAGGGAUUUCGUUUCUGUGAAUAAUCUGAAAACCUCGGGGUUUGUUUUUGGUGCUGUCGAGAAGCAAUGGCGUCGCUCAACCCAUUUGAUUUGCUGGACGAUGAUGCGGAGGAUCCCUCGCUGCUGAUUGCUGCUCAGCAGCAGAAGAUCGAGGCGUUGAAAACCACUGCUCCGGCGGCUAAGCCGGCGGCCGGAGGUAAGGACUUGCCGUCGCAGAAUAAGGUGACUGCGCAGCCUAGGCUUCCCUCCAAGCCCACUCCCCCAGCCCAGGCCGUGAGGGAGUCAAAAUCUGAGUACUCCCGCGGUGGCCAAGGUGGUGGUGGACGUGGAUAUGGACGUGGGCGUGGCUAUGGCGGUGGUGGCGGCGGGUCCUUCAGAGACUCACCGAACAAUGAAAACUCAUACGACAACAGGAAAAUAUCUGUUAACCCUGAUGAAGCUGAUUCUGGAAAAACUUCAGAGAGGCGUGGUGGUGGCCACAUUGUUGGUGGGUCCCGGAGUUCAUUCCGUGGUGGUCGCCGUGGUGGUUUCAGCAAUGGAGAUGCUGGAGAAGGAGAAGGGGAUCGCCCUCGCAGGCCAUUGGAUCGCCGUAGUGGAACUGGACGUGGGAAUGAGUUCAAAAGGGAAGGAGCUGGCCGAGGGAACUGGGGUACUCACACUGAUGAAUUGGCUGAAGUGACUGAAGAAGCUGUUAUCGAAGGUGAGAAAGCUCCGAGUGUUGAGAAGCCCUCAGGAGAGGUGGAUGCUACAGCAGAUGGAGACAAGGAAGCUGCUGCUGCGACUGAAGUUGAAGAGAAGGAACCUGAAGAUAAGGAGAUGACUCUGGAAGAGUAUGAGAAGGUCCUGGAGGAGAAAAGGAAGUCUCUGCUGGCUCUCAAAGCUGAUAGCGAGGCAAGGAAGGUUGAUGUGAAGGAGUUUGAAUCCAUGCAACAACUUUCAAGCAAGAAGAGAUCUAAUGAUGAUAUAUUCAUCAAAUUGGGCUCUGAGAAGGAUAAAAAGAAAGAGUUGGCUGAGAAGGAAGAGAGAGCCAAAAAGUCGGUGAGCAUCAACGAGUUCUUGAAGCCAGCUGAAGGUGAGAGGCACUACAGCUCAGGCGGUCGUGGUAGGGGCCGUGGACGUGGGUCCAGAGGAGGAGGAGGUUACGGUGUUGGAGGCAAUGAAAAUGUCAGAGCACCUGCUAUUGAAGAUCCAGGCCAGUUCCCCACUCUAGGUGGCAAAAAAUGAGAUUUCCUCUUGUUUUCUUUCUCUUUGCUCCCCUCCUCCCAUUUGUAUCGAGUUUUGCCAACAGUUUGGGCACUAGUUUAACUUUAAUGAAUAAUGGAUUUUUUUAUUUGUUUUUUUCUUUUUUAUGUAUCCGGAAAUUUCUAAAAUUUGAUGCUUUAAUUUGUAUAUCUGCGAGUCUCCAUUUUGCAUGUGUGCUUUCU